AUGGGAGGAGGUGAGAGGUACAACAUUCCAGUUUCCCAUCCUGCACAUGGUGCUCAGAGGAAAAAGACACAGUGCCAUGGCACUAGACAAAGGAAUAAAGAUGCAAAUAUUUCUUCGGGGAGAACACCUCAUCCUAAAAAGGGUGAUAAGGGCCAAAGCUGGUAUCCGCUGAUUACUAGUGCACGGCAGGCCGUGCAAAUAGAAAGCAGCAGUAACAUUGAGUUUGCCACUUAUAACCAGAGUUGGGAUAGUGCUAUAUCCCAUUUUGAUGCACUCUUGAAAUCUCCAUGUCAUCAGAAUUACGCUGGAGCCAAAUUUAGUGAGCCUCCCUCACCAAGUGUUCUUCCUAAGCCACCAAGUCAUUGGGUAUCUAUACCUGUGGCGCCUUGUGAUCACAGAGAAAUCUUAACCUUCCAGCUAAAGUCUUUGCUUAAAGUUCAAGCCUAA